CACUAAAAUGUCAUCCGAACAGCUGCCACAAUGACAAUGUAUCCUGACGUUAACGUAUCAGUGAAUUACGCGAAAAUCCAGUAGUUUUACGGAUUACUGCAAAUUGGAGCGUCUAAUUGAAAUUUCCGUUCAAUUCUGACAGGUGUAGUUAGAUAAAAUGAAAUAUCCAACAUCACCGACACCGUCAACGAGUACUUCGUUCGCGGGGACCGGUGGCUUUGCGUCGCGAAGUACAUCUCCAUUACCACCGCCUGCACAAUAUAGCGCUAAUUGUUUGUCUGCCACAUCGAAAAGCUAUAGAUUUCUACGGCGACUGUUCAAGUUUAACCAGAUGGACUUUGAAUUUGCAUUGUGGCAAGUUUUAUAUUUAUUUAUAGCGCCACAGAAGGUCUAUCGUAACUUUCACUAUAGAAAGCAAACAAAAUCUCAGUUCGCACGGGACGAUCCAGCGUUCUUAGUCCUGCUUGUGGUGUCUUUGUGUGUCACAUCACUUGCAUUCGCUGGGGUCCUAGGCCUCACCUUUGCCAGAACGUUGUGGUUCGUGUUCUAUGUGGUUUUCGUCGAUUGCAUCUUCGCCGGAAUAAUCGUUGCAACAUUUUUCUGGCUUGUAACAAAUCGAUUCCUGAGAAACAGCCAGCUUGAUCCCGACAUCGAGUGGGGCUAUGCGUUCGAUGUGCACCUGAAUGCAUUCUUCCCGCCCUUAGUCAUCCUGCACUUUUUCCAAUUGUUCUUCUACGGUUGGCUGGUGCUUCGGUCGGAGCUGUUUUUGUCAAGACUGCUAGGCAACACGUUCUGGCUACUCGCCUUCAGCUACUAUAUUUACAUUACGUUCUUAGGAUAUAAUUGUAUUCCACACUUGAAAAACACUCGCUACAUUUUGCUGGGGUUCCCAAUUGCAUUCAUCCUCUAUGUGGUGACUCUCGUCAUGGCCUGGAAUGUCACUUACUCGUUCGUAGAUUUCUAUAAGUACAGAAUUUACUAGUAGAAGGGUAGUCCUAAGUUGUUUUGCUUAAUAAAAGAAAAAUAAUUGUAUAUUUUUUAUAUGUAUCAUGUAGAAGCAAUAUUUAAUUAUUCUUGUCUCCCUAAGAGUUAAUAAACUGAUAACAAGUAA